AUGACAACCGCUAGCUUCACCUCGAGCUUCACCACCCUCUCUGCCUCUUCGGCAAAAUCGCAGCAAUACAUGGACUCUUUAGUGCCGCCGUCUCGAGACCAGUUUGAGCGCAUUGCCCACGUGCAGGAGGAGAGGGAGGAGGAGAUCAGGCAAAGGGUAAAGCACCAGAAGCGAAAAUCGCAACAGGAGAGUCGGCGGAGCUUGCAGUCGAAUAGAAGCGAUGAGAGGAGCGAUGCUGCCCGCGUCAUCCAGAAGACGUUUCGGGGUUAUCGAGCAAGAAGAGAAAUGAGUGGGUUUACGCUGGAUCCGAGCACGAGAUGGAUAACUGCCAUCCGCGAGGCGCAGUUUCGCGAAACCACGCGCCCUCGAGGUCGAUCAUUCACCGGCGUAAGCCAAGAUACGCUGUCGUCGCUUGGGGAUGUUGCCGACUUACACUCAUCAACCGCACGGUCAAACUGGAAGAAGCUGGGCAUGAUUGCGCUUCGGGCCGGCCACGAUGAUGAGGAGGAAGAGUCGGACUCGGACAGCUCAUCGGAAUCGAGCAGCUUAUCGCCUCGAGAAAAGGAAGAACUGAGGCGACUUCGAGAGGAGGCUAAUGCUCGGCGACGGUCAACUGCUCUCACACUCGGGCUUCAGUAUUGGUUGGAAAUCGUAGACCAGAAGCAUCGAUACGGCACCAACUUACGCAUGUAUCACGAGGAAUGGCGAAAAGCCGACACCAACGAGAACUUCUUCUACUGGCUUGACUAUGGAGAGGGCCGAUAUAUAUCGCUUGACACAUGUCCACGAGAUAGACUGGAGAGGGACCAGGUCCGGUACCUGUCCCGAGAGGAGCGCCAGUUCUAUCUUGCCACAGUCGAUGAUGAGGGUCGGUUAUGCUGGGCCAAAAACGGCGAGCCCAUCGAUACGAGUGAAAAGUACAGAGACAGCAUGCAUGGCAUCGUCCCUGUAGACGAUCCGACGCCACCGUACCGGCCGAUUCUGAACCCAAAUCCUUAUGCCGAUUCAGCCAGCGGAUUGGCCUCGAACACAUCGACCGCAUACGGAGAGUCGAACCCCGAACAGCAUCGCGCAGACAAGUACAUCAACCCGCCACCCGAACAGCGUGAUAUCAAAAAGGUCAAGCAGUUUUCCGCCACGACGACUCUGAACAAAAUUCUGCGCAAGACCGUCAAGGACGGCACGUGGAUCUUUGUCGCCGACACAAACUUUAGGCUUUACAUAGGCAUCAAGCAGGCUGGUGCCUUUCAGCACUCGUCGUUUCUCCAGGGUGCUCGCAUAUCCGCUGGAGGACUCAUCGGGAUCAAGGAGGGCAAGCUCAAUUUCCUGUCACCGCUGAGCGGGCACUAUCGCCCUCCGACGGCGAAUUUCCGCGCCUUUCUUCGGAGUCUCAAGGCUGAAGGCGUCGAUGUGGGGCACGUGCCGAUUUCAAAGGCGUAUGCCGUCCUUUUGGGCCUGGAGACAUAUACCAAGACGCGGCGUGUGGGCAAAGACCUUGUGCACAAGAUGAUUCACGGCAAAAACAAGGCGGUUCAUCCAAAGCAGAUGAAGAGGAAAAAGGAGGAAGAAAAAGACAUGAGCAAAAGUGCUCAGAGGGAGAGGCAAGUCGUGGAGGAGGAAAAACGGCAAGCGGAAGCCGAGAGGCAGGCUCAUGUGGAAGAAGCUGCCAUGAAGGCAAUGGAAAAGCUGCAUAUUGUGCCUACAGCAGCUGGCCAGGACUCUCCAAAGAGGACUGUCACAUAUCUAUAA